UAAACCAAAUUCGUGUUUUAUUAUUUUUAUUUCCCAUUGGGAUUUAUUGGUUAUGAAUCUUUGAAAAUAUCGUCAUUUCCCAUAAUUGUUUUCAUCUUCCGGGCAACGCAGCUUUAAAACAAAACGAGAACUGUAGCAUAAUGUACUAACGUUAUGCGUUAAGGGAGUUGCGGAUAAAAUGUCGAAGAAAAAGUCCAAGAAGAAGAAGAAGCAAAAGAAAGACAGGGACAGGUCCACUUCAUUUUCGUACGAGAGUAAUGACGAGUCAUCCAAAGAAAAGGAGUAUGACAAGACAAAAGAAACCCCAGAGAGAAAAUACACCAGCUCUUGUCAUGUCAGCAGGCUUAUGCAAGAUGAAGAGGGGAGGUCAAGGCAGGUGGACUCUCUCCCUUCAACUAAAAAAAUCUCUUAUGAGGGAUCUCCGAGGAAAGACAGACAGUACAAAAAGCCUGUAUACAGACUGGGAUCUCUUUCACAUUCAGAGAAGGAAAAAGACCAUUGUAAAAAAGUGAAAGAAAAGCACUCAACAUCUAGCAGUGCAAGCAUCUCGGAGAAUGCUAGUAAAAAGCCCCACUGCACUGAGAAGAGCCAUCUGAAAACGGAUGGGGAGCCUGGGAGGAAGCGCCGCUCGGAGGAACUCGGGGAACAGCGCAGACAGCUGGUGAAGCGACGGUCGAAGGAGGCGUUGGAAUCUGACUGGUUUGUCUCUUGCUCACGGGGAAAGGGCGCUAAGGAGCACUCACAAGAGCCCAAAAGUCAACCUGCUGCCUUUUCUGGAACAGUCAACUCGUCGGCAGCAGUCUCCAGAGAGCCGCACAAGCACUCUGAAAGCUCAUACCCAUCUGGGAACGGUCAGAAAGAACAGACUGGACUAAAACCUCAUAAACCUCUCCAAUUUAAAAUAGCCAAAAAGACCAAUGUUGUAGUAAAUAAAGAUGAAGUCUGGAAAAGCUCUUCAUUUAGAGAUGAUAAAGGGAGUAUCGCUGCGAAAGUCCCCAGGCGUUCCCCUCAGGCUGAAGUCGUAUCUUCUGCGUGUACAUUUUCUGACAGAAAAUCUACAGUAGAAAAAGCCAGGCCAAGCUGUGAAGUAAACCUGACAGCAUCUCACUUUGUCAGGGCUUCCUUGCCACCCUCUCGGAGACACCAGGAAGCACUAGGUACUGAUAACAAAAGAGUAUCAGCCUUUAACACUACGGCAUUGCCUGAGAAGACACCAAGUUCAAGAGUUCCUGCUAAUGCCACAGAAACCUAUGACAAUGACCAGGAGAUGCAGUUGGUUGCAGAGCUGCAUCGGGCCCGAUCUCAGAAGCUUCUGGAAGUCAACGUGGUGGACAGCUAUGGAGAACUCACCCGCAUGGACAUCGACCCACCUGAGGAAAUCAGCACGUUCUCCUUCAGUAAGAGUCACUGUAAAGAACAUAUUCACCAGGAUCUUCUCAUCGUCCUGGAUACAAACAUCCUUCUUAGUCACCUGGACUUUGUCAAGAAGAUAAGAUCACAUGGUCUGGGAGCUCUAGGCUUCCCUGUCAUCCUGAUCCCGUGGGUGGUGAUGCAGGAGCUGGACGCUCUGAAGGACGGCAAGCUGUCCAGCAACGUGAAGCACCUAGCCAGGCCUGCGGUCCACUACAUCUACAGCGCGCUGAAGAGCCAGGAGCCACGGCUCUGGGGCCAGUCCAUGCAGCUGGCCUCUCAGAGGAUCUACGGGCUGGAUGCUGAGAAUAACGACGACCGCGUGCUGCACUGCUGCUUGCAGUACCAGGGCCUGUACCCAGGGGCAGCUCUCCUUCUCUGCACCAACGAUAAGAACCUGUGCAGCAAAGCCCUGCUGAGCGGAGUGAAGGCCUUGAGUAAGGCCGACCUGGCAUCUGAGGUGGAGCGGCUCCAGUCUGACACACAGGCCCACGGCCGCCAGCCCCUCCCUGUGCCCUGGCCUCCACACACAGGUCCAGCAUCUCUCCCUGUGCGCUGGCCUCCACACACAGCUGAGCCCGGGGUCCAGAGCCAGCCUGGCGAGAGGAGGGAGGAGGAGAACAGAAACAAGGCCGCGGAGGAGGCCCGCGAGGUCAGCACCUCCGUGUCCGCGCUGGAGGACGCCCUGCAGGGGGCGCUGUCCCUGAUCCUGGAGUCCGAGAUGAAGGCCGCGUUCGACGACCUGUGGCUGGAGGUGGUGUGCGUGAAGCCGCCCUGGACGCUGAGCGACCUCGUGCAGUGCUUCAGGAAGCACUGGAUCGCCGUCUUCGGGAGCAUCGUCAAGAGGAGCCUGCUCAGCUCAGUCGAAUGCCUGAACGACAGCCUCUGCAAAGGUAAAAUGGUGGACAGGCAGUCCACCGUGCUGGCGGCGCAGGAGGCCCGUCGGCUGCUGCUAGCCUUCAGCUGCAGGCUAGACUACGGCAAGAGUCUGGCUAAGCCUCUGGCUGUGGUGGAGCGACUCCUGCAGGAUGCGCCUCAGCCCAGCGGAGGCGUGGAGCAGGCCUCAGGGAGCCGCGCGCGGGCCUGCAGCGAUGGCGACGUGCUCAUGGCCGUGGAGGACGGAGCGACGGACGCCCGGCCCUCGUGUCAGGAGGUGUGGCCCGUGUUUGAGAACAUCUGGAGCAACGUUUGCCAGAUCAGCUCUGCAGUGUUUACAGCUCUCCAGUUCGUACCUGGCACCUUGGAGACCAGCAUGCCUAGCGACGGGCCUCCCCCUCCAGAGGAGGCCGUGUCCUGCCUGCACAAACUCAUUUUCUCUGUCAGACAGCUUCUGGAGUCUCUUCAGAGGGUGCUAUCGGCAAAGAGCGGCUUUGAGGACGUGGAGGCCCUGCUCUCCUUCAUCAGCGGCAGCGAGAUUGCGACCGUGAAGCCCUCGUUCACUGCUAAAGAUCUGUUCGAAUGCCUUUCUCAGCAGGAAUACAGGGAGAAGCUGUGUGUUGGCGGGAACCAGCUGAUGGACCUGAGCUUGAGUCUGGACCGCUGUGCCUCAGCUGUGGGAGUCCGGGCAGGGAGCAGCUCCUGGUGCUGAGCAGCAGCUCCUGGUUUUGAGCAGCAGCUUAUGCCACAGCGCCAGAACACUGUUCUCCAAUCACAUCUCUUCUCUUUGCCCUCAUACUCCCACAAUCUCAUACACGUACACACACAAGUCGCAUCGUACAGACUCAUCCAUUCGCACACACAGGCUCAUUCCUGCACCUACAGCUGACAUCUCCGUUACCCAGCAGCAAUGUUCAAAGCUCCAAAAAACCUCUCCUCUGAUUGAGAGUGAAGCUAUGCAUACUGACUUGCUCAUUGUGGAGCAGAUCAUGAAAUUAUUUGAAGGAUCUCAGUUCUUUGGUUUUUUUAAAUCUUUCCAAAUGCAUUAUUUUUGGAUACUUAAAAGAUUUAUUUAAGGGUUAUAAAUAGUUCCACGAGUCCAGUUAAAGAUGGAAUUUGACAGAACUGGGUGGCUAAUAUGUAACGUUUAUUAUUUAUUUAUUUUUUGUUUUUUGUCAUUUUGCAUAUCUGCCUGAAGAUCGUUUUGUAAUUGUGUUUCCGUGUCUUUCACAGGCACUUAAAACAGUGUGAAAAGUCCUCUUACAGAAGAGUGAAUGUUUCUGCCACUACAGGAUGCUUCAGAACCUUAAUUAAUCUGACUUCCCUUUUAAUAAAUCCCAGUGCUGGGGUUUCAGUGGUCAUUAUUUGAUUAUUACAUCAUUUGAUUAUUACAUCAUUCAUAUUUUAUGUGCCAAGUUCAAGGGCACCAAUAUAUCAUUAAACAGAACUGUGGCAUUUAAUAUUUCUACACUAAACAUUUUUCUCCAUCUCCAAGGCCAGUACCAUUUUGCUAUGGGAAGCACUGUACGUAGAGUCACUGAAUUUUAUUCAGUUGAUUUUUUUUUUUUUUUGCAGAAUGUAUGAUGUCUCUUUAUGUUUACAAAUUCUACUGAGUUUUUGUUACGUUGCACACAUAACUAAAGGUGCACUGUCUUGACAUGUUCUGUAUGUAUUGUCCAUUGCCACUUGUAAUCUGAAAGCCUAUGUUCAGGCUAUACUACAGUACAUCCGUUUGUUGCCAUAAAACAAUUCCCCUACUCUCA